AUGAAAAGGAAGCAUACUUUAUUUCUUAGAAAAGUAGUUGGAGAAUAAAGUCAAAUGAGUUGGCCUUUUGCUGAUUAAGACUUACAUUCUAGUAACAUUUUCCAAACUUAGAGUCCUGAUUAUCAAAUUUUAGAUUUUAGUCAAAAGAAUUCAACAAAUGAAAUCUAGUCUCGAUCAAUAGUUGGCAAAGUGGAUAUAUUCAAUAAACAAGCACAUGAGCUCGAAAAACCUCUUCGUUUUAGUUAACCUGUAAAGUUAUCUAAUUUGUAAAAGAAGAUAACAAGAACCAAUACUAAUGAACCAUCAAGUCUAAAUUCAUCCUAUAGAAGCAAAAAAAAUAUAAAAAAUUAAUAACAAACUAUACAAAAAGUUGGAGAUACCAAUUUUGAAGUACUUGAUAAAUUUGAGUUAAUAUAAACUAUGGAAAAAAUAUAGAAAAUAAUCAAGAAUAAUGAAAAGUAAGCACAAGAUCAACUUUAGAAAAUUUCAGUAACUGAAAAGAUACUGAAAACUCAACAUGAAAGAGCAUUAAGUAAACAUGAGAAGCAAAUGCAAGUGUGGAAUGAAUUAUCUACUAAAAUCAGUUCUCGAAUGAAAAAUAAUUCAACCACUUUAAUUGAAAGAUAGGCUUAGUAUAGAUCUCGUUUGGACUCUUUGGAUAUGUUAGAAGAAUUAAAACCUGAGGAAUCGAAAAACCCAGUUAUAACUUGGCAUCAAAGAUUAAGAUCUCAGUAUAUGCCUUAAAAAAUUAUUCAAAAAGAAGAAUAGGAAAGACUAUAACUAAAAUAGAAUUUAUUGGAAUAAAUACCAAACAGGGAUUUAUUAGAGAUACCGAAUCCUCAGAAGUUGAUUUCGGAUAUCAAAAAUAAACAUGGUUAUGACAAAGGUCGAUCUGUAUCUGAUUAUAAUGGAUUAAAAUUAGUGGGUUUGAGUGUCUACGAUUAAGAAUUAAACUCUUUGAAGAAAGAUAAAUCUCAAAUAUUAUAGUAGUAUUACUAUUAUAAGGGUCCAAAAGAAAUCUAAAUUGAAGACUCAAAAUUAUGA